AUGUAUCUCAGUACCAAGGAUCAAGAUAAGUUGCUGCUGUCGACGACCGGCCUUUUAGCUCAGAGGAGAUUGGCUAGAGGACUCCGACUCAACUUGUCCGAAGCCACGGCCCUGAUAGCUUGUGUUUUACAGGAAUUGAUUCGAGAUGGCCAAUCUUCGGUUUCCCAACUUAUGCAGGUUGGAAAAGAAAUCUUGGGUUUCCGCCAUGUCCAACCGUCUGUGCCUGGCGGGUUGUCCCAAGUCCAAGUCGAGGGAACUUUUCCCGAUGGCACCUUCCUCGUAACCGUUCAUUCGCCGAUUUGCAGUCCGAGUGGCCGGGACCCGCAUCUUUCGCUAGCGCUCUACGGUUCCUUCAUCACUCCUCCUCCCAACUUGUGGUUUGAGCAUGUCCAACCAUCCUUAGAGCAUGACCUACCAGGAGCGAUUGUGGUAAAAAGAUCGCCUGAUGUCUCGACUUCACAAUCCAUCAGCCUCAACGUCAACCGAUCGCGAAUCAGGAUCGAGGUUACAAAUACCGGCGACCGGCCUAUUCAAGUCGGCUCGCAUUAUCACUUUUCCCUUACGAACCCAGCUUUGAGGUUCGAUCGCAAACUGGCUUUGGGCUAUCGUCUUGAUAUCCCUGCAGGUACUUCGGUCCGCUUUGAGCCUGGUGACCAACGAAUGGUAACGAUGGUCGAGAUCGGUGGAAGUGGUCUAGUGACCGGCGGAAACGGCCUAGAGGGCCAGAUUUUGCAGAAAGAUGAUACCUUAGCCAUCGCAGCGCUUAUACCAAGUUUGAUAGCGAAGGGCUUCGAGCAUCAACCAGCAAUUAACGUUGAGAGACCUGUGAAAGGAGUCGAGAUGUCGAGAGAAGCGUACGCCAACAUGUUUGGACCAACAACAGGUGACAAAAUUCGCCUUGCAGAUACAUCUCUUUGGGUCGAGGUGGAACAUGAUCACACCUGUUAUGGCGAGGAGCUCAAAUUUGGCGGUGGAAAAGUGGUUAGGGAGGGGAUGGGUCAAGCAACCGGGCGGCUAGAUGGUCAAACUUUGGAUAUUGUAAUAACUAAUGCAUUAAUUGUGGACUGGUCAGGAAUCUACAAAGCAGAUUUGGGCAUCAAAAAUGGCCGAAUAUCAGGCAUUGGAAAAGCUGGAAACCCCGAUAUUCAGUCCGGCGUCUCCGAGGAGAUGGUUGUUGGUGUGAAUACUGAAGUGAUUGCGGGAGAAGGAAAAAUUGUGACUGCCGGGGCGAUUGACGCUCACGUCCAUUUCAUAUGUCCUCAGCAAUGUCCAGAGGCAUUGUCAAACGGUAUCACCACCUUGAUUGGGGGUGGCACUGGCCCCGUCGCCGGGACCAAUGCAACCACUUGCACACCAUCCCGAACCUUAAUUAGGAACAUGCUGUUGGCAACUGAUGAUAUACCCAUGAACAUCUUGUUGACGGGAAAGGGCAACGACUCGAGGCCAGAAGGAUUGGUGGAUCAAGUCCACUCAGGAGUGGGUGGAUUGAAGUUACAUGAGGAUUGGGGUUCCACUCCGGGAGCAAUUGAUUCUUGCUUGACAGUCUGCGAGCAAUAUGACAUUCAGUGCAACAUUCACACAGAUACCCUUAAUGAAUCAGGUUUCGUCGAAGACACAAUCAAAGCUUUUAAAAACCGGGUCAUACACACAUAUCAUACUGAAGGUGCUGGUGGAGGCCACGCUCCUGAUAUUAUUGUCGUUUGCGGAAAAGAUAAUGUACUUCCUUCAUCGACAAAUCCGACCCGACCGUUUACCAAUAAUACCUUGGAUGAACAUCUCGACAUGUUGAUGGUUUGUCACCAUCUUGACAAAUCGAUACCGGAAGAUAUUGCUUUUGCUGAAUCUCGCAUUCGCGCUGAGACGGUUGCUGCUGAGGACGUCUUGCAUGACCUUGGCGCCCUUUCGAUCAUAAGUUCGGAUUCCCAAGCGAUGGGAAGGAUUGGAGAGGUCGUCAGUCGAACUUGGAGAACGGCUUCCAAAAUGAAAGAUUUCAAAGGGUUCUUAACUGAGGAAGAGAAACUUCGCGGAACUGACAAUGACCGCGUGAAGCGCUAUAUCGCGAAAUACACCAUCAAUCCUGCGAUUGUCCAUGGUAUUUCUCACGAGGUUGGGGACAUUUCUAUAGGGAAGCUUGCCGAUCUUUGUAUUUGGAGCCCUGAGAACUUCGGCGUCAGGCCAGAGCAAAUAAUCAAAGGAGGCUUUGUGGCAUGGUCUCAAAUGGGUGAUGCAAACGCGUCUAUUCCAACGGUCCAGCCCACUUACGGAAGACCAAUGUGGGCUUCGUUUCCGAGCACAAUCAGAAAAACUUCUCUAGCGUUUGUCUCUGAGGUCUCAAUCUCUUCUGGGAUCACGCCUUCCUACGGCCUGAAAAAGGAGUUGGUGGCUGUCAAAGGCUGCCGGAGGGUUAGGAAAAAAGACAUGAAGCUCAACGAUCUCUGUCCUAAUAUCACCGUUGAUCCUGAAACCUACCAAGUGGCCAUCGAUGGUCAGGAGUGUACAGUUGGAGCGGCGCUUACUUUGCCACUCACCCAGGCGUACCACAUUUUCUAA